UCAGUCUGACAGCUGUUUGAUUGUAGAUAUAUAUGUACGUAUUAUUUUACGUUUGUUUUCCGUCGAAAUUGUUCGUUUUUCCCGCACACAAAUGUUCAGACUUAACGCCGGCCUAUCGGUAGCAGCUUCGAUAUAUAAUCGCCCUACAACAUCCAGCAGCCGGCGGGGCAGCUAGUCAAAUCAAGCUAGUCAAUCCCAGUUAUCGGAAUCCCAUUCCGAUCUGACUCUCCACCUCCUCCGCCCGACUCCCGUUCCGCAUCGUACCGUAAAUCUCUGUCUCCCUCUCCGCCGGUUUUCCAACGUGCGCGCAAGGUUACGGAACAAAUAUUAUUACCGUUAAUUAUAGCUGCAGGCGGUGCGCAUAUAGGAGAUAUCGCUAUAUAGCCGCAUAGAUGUUCAAGUUUGUGCUGAACGACGCCGCCAGCUACGUGCGCGCCAAUGUCCGGGAGUUCAGCCUGAACGCACUGCGCCUGCUGCCGCAAUUGCCGCAGCUGAGUCCGUACGAUGUUAACCUAGUUCUGAGGGAGAACGAGUUCGUGUACAAUUUCCCCGUGGAGGGGAUCAUCCGUAGCUAUGAGACCAAUCAGCUGGGAUCGAAUUCACCGUGUGAGGACUCCCGCACUGAGGCCAGCCUGCUGCAUCGCAACGGCUUCAUUUGUGGCAUUUUUGAUGGCCAUGCCGGAGCUUCCUGCGGCCAGGUGGUAUCCAAGCGCCUGCUCCGAUAUGUAUCUGCAGCCACGCUGCCGCGUCAAGUGCUCAGGGCACAGAUGAAGGAGGGCUGCAGCAGCCAGUCUUUCCUCAAAUGCCACAACGAUAAUGUGGACUUUGUCAGCGAGAUCAAGCCCAUUUAUGAGGCCAGCUUCCAGAAGUACAUUAAGCAGCUGAGCGAGACGCCGCAGCGGGAUGUGGCCAGUGAGCUGGUGAAUGCCUUCCUCCAGCUAGACGAGGGCCUGUCCGAGGAGGCGCUGUCCCACACCGAUGUGCGCACGAUGAGCGUGGCUCUAUCAGGAGCCGUUGCCUGCCUGGUUCAUCUGGAGGGAUUACAGCUGCACGUGGCCAGCACUGGAGACUGCGGCGCUGUGCUCGGUGUCCUGGAUCCACAGACGCAGCAGUGGCAGCCAAAGAAGCUGAACACCGAGCACAAUGCAGACAAUAUGACCGAGGUGCGUCGCAUUCUCGCCGAGCAUCCCAAGGAUGAGCGGGAGACGGUGAUCCGGAAUGGCAGACUGCUGAGUCAACUUGCGCCCCUGCGGGCCUUUGGCGACUUCCGCUACAAAUGGUCUGUGGACAUUAUGCAUGAGAAGGUGGUGCCCAUGUUUGGAGAACACACAAUGGCACCCAAUUAUUAUACGCCCCCGUACCUGACCGCCCGCCCUGAUGUCCAGCAGCACGAGCUGGGCCCCAACGACAAGUUUCUAGUCAUAGCCAGCGAUGGCCUUUGGGACUUCCUCUCACCCAGCGAGGUGGUCAGCCUCGUCGGUGAACACAUCAAUUCGAAGAAGAUCCUUGAACCUAUGCGCCUGCCCGAGGGCGAUAUAACACUGCAGCAAAUCUCCAAUCAAUUGGCCGAGCGAAAAGCUGGGCUAACCCGCAAGCCCGUUGACCAGAAUGCGGCCACGCAUCUCAUCCGUAAUGCUUUGGGUGCCACGGACUAUGGCAUCGAGCACUCGAAGAUCUCGUACUAUUUGUCGCUGCCCAAGGAUGUGGUGCGUUUGUAUCGUGACGAUAUCACCAUCACCGUCAUCUACUUCAAUUCGGAGCAUAUUGCCCGAUUGCAGCGAGGCGAGACGACAGGGACGACCUCGCAGGGCAUCACUGCGCCGGCAGCGUGAUCCCUGCAAGAGACCUGUAUGUGUAUAUUUUACGAGCUAACCUUCAAGCCUAACUAGCCUAAGUGUUGCGUUUAAGUUUGUUUUAUCCGCCAUCGGACCUCGGACGACUGCCGCCGCGCCAAAUAAAUCCCCACGCGGAAAAUCACAAA